GAGUGACGUCACAGAGCGCGGUGUUCAGGAGGACUGUUUAAAGCUGUGAGAGAAGGGAAUGCUGCACAGACAGUCACAAGAGACACUGCUUCGAGCUGCCCAGGAAUGAGAGCGUCCCACUGCUAGUGAGAGCUGCCGCCGCUCCGUUACACAAGAGGCUCGCUACAGUCGUUUCUCCCUGAAACUGCAGAGAUGUUGCAUCCUCCUCUCCCCGACUGCAUUUUGGUGACACUGUUGCUGCUGCUAGUAGCUGCUGGAGGGGGGACCGAAGCCGGGAAGCCGCAGAGAGACUGCCCGUCCAUUUGUCACUGCGAGGAGGAUGGCAUGCUCCUCCGAGUUGACUGCUCGGACCUUGGGCUCACGGCUCUGCCCGCAAACCUGAGCGUCUUCACAUCGUACCUUGAUCUCAGCAUGAACAACAUCACCCAACUGCCCACGAGUGCCCUUUUUAACCUCCACUUCCUAGAAGAGCUGCGUCUUGCAGGAAAUGACUUGACACACAUCCCCAAGGGAGCCUUGUCUGGCCUUUUCAAUCUUAAAGUGCUAAUGCUACAGAACAAUCAGUUAAGACAGGUCCCUAGCGAAGCACUCCAGAACCUCCGUAAUCUCCAGUCUCUGCGUUUGGAUGCCAACCACAUCUACAGCGUGCCGCACAACAGCUUCUCUGGCUUGAGCUCCCUGCGUCACCUCUGGCUGGAUGACAACUCCCUGACGGAGGUCCCAGUGCAGGGUCUCAGCAGCCUGUCCUCCCUGCAGGCCAUGACGUUAGCCCUGAAUAAAAUAACACGCAUACCUGACGAUGCGUUUGCAAACCUUUCCAGUCUGGUUGUCUUACAUCUCCAUAACAAUAGAAUUCACUCCCUGGGAAAGAAAUGCUUUGAUGGGCUCCACAGCCUUGAGACUUUGGAUUUAAACUACAAUAAUCUGGAUGAAUUUCCAACUGCCAUCAAAGCCUUGAUAAAUCUUAAAGAACUUGGUUUUCAUAGCAACAACAUCAAGUCGAUCCCAGAAAGAGCUUUUAUGGAAAACCCUUCUCUCAUAACAAUAUUUUUCUACGACAAUCCCAUCCAGUUUGUUGGAAAAUCUGCUUUCCAGCACUUACCUGAACUGAGAACACUGUCACUAAAUGGAGCCACAGAAAUCACUGAGUUUCCUGACCUCACAGGGACCAAGAGUCUGGAGAGCCUAACCCUGACCGGGGCGCGGAUAACCUCUCUUCCCGCAGAGAUGUGUGAGCAGUUACCGAACCUUCAAGUUCUAGAUCUGUCUUACAACCUGAUACAGGACUUGCCCACUUUUAAUGGUUGUGAAAGGCUCCAGAAAAUUGACCUGCACCACAACGAAAUCCAAGAAAUCCAAGCCAGCACGUUUCAGCACCUGACUGCUCUGAGAUCGCUUGACCUGGCUUGGAACAAGUUAUGUGUGGUUCAUCCCAAUGCAUUCUCCCAUCUGCCUUCUUUAAUCAAGCUGGAUCUCUCAUCUAACCUCCUCUCCUCUCUCCCUGUCACUGGACUGCACGGAUUAACACACCUUAAAUUAGCAGGCAACGCAGACCUCCAGGAGCUAUUAUCUGCUGAAAACUUUCCAAAACUGAGGGUUAUGGAGAUGCCGUACGCUUUCCAGUGCUGUGCAUUCGUGUCCUGUGAAAACCACAACAAACUGUCCAAUCCUUGGGACAAAGACGAGAACCGCAGCACUGACCACUUUGUCAAGAAGGACAGCGGCAUUCUGCUCAGUCAAGAAGAUCAUGACUUUGAGGACUUCCUUCUUGACUUUGAAGAAGACCCAAAAGCUCUCCACUCUGUCCAGUGCACCCCAGCACCAGGUCCAUUCCGGCCAUGUGAUCACCUGUUUGGCAGCUGGCUAAUUCGCACCGGAGUGUGGAUUAUAGUGGUGCUGUCACUUGUAUGCAAUGGUCUGGUGGCUGUAACUGUCUUUGUUUCACCAACCUACAUAUCGCCAGCUAAGCACCUCAUAGGGCUGCUUGCAGUUGUCAACAGCCUCAUGGGGUUUUCAAGUGGCGUCCUGGCUGUCGUCGAUACCUUAACCUUCGGCAGCUUUGCCAAAUACGGGGCGUGGUGGGAAAGCGGAAUUGGCUGCAGGAUCACAGGGUUCAUGUCAGUCUUCAGCUCUGAGACGUGCAUCUUCUUACUGACGACCGCUGCUCUGGAGCGUGGCCUGUCCAUAAAGUGCACCAAAAGACUGGAGUCCAAGUCCACCAAGACCAAUGUCAAGAUCGUUUCCGUGUUCUGCUUCAUCCUGGCGUUGGCCAUCACUGUCCUGCCCCUGCUCCACGUGGGCGAAUACGGGAUCUCCUCCCUGUGUCUGCCUUUGCCUUUCGGGGAGCCGUCCAGCCUGGGCUUCAUGGUGGCCCUGGUUCUGCUCAACUCGCUCUGCUAUUUCGUGAUGACCGUCACCUACACCAGGCUGUACUGCAACCUGGAGAAGGGUGAGCUGGACAACUUCUGGGACUGCUCCAUGAUCAAGCACGUCGCCUGGCUGCUCUUCGCAAACUGCAUCCUCUACUUCCCCGUCGCCUUCCUGUCCUUCUCCUCCCUGCUCAAUCUGUCCUUCAUCAGCCCCGAAGUGAUCAAGUCCAUCCUCCUGGUCAUUGUCCCGCUUCCGGCCUGCCUGAACCCCUUGCUUUACAUGUUGUUCAACCCGCACUUCAAGGAGGACCUCAGCAUCUUGCUAAAGCAGACGCGGCUGUUAAAGAAGUCCAAGCAGAGCAGCUUGGUCUCCUUGAACUCGGAGGAUGCAGAGAAGCAGUCUUGUGACUCCACCCAGGCGCUGGUCACCUUCACAAGCUCGGAAAACCCGGGUGAUGCACCAGAGAGCAAGUCUAUCUCGUCUGCCUCCCAGAUCAUUGAAGCGUGCCACUCCCAAUCAGUGGUGUCUGUCCCGUGCCACUAGAAAAAAAGUACAAAUCUUUUUGCAACAUUUUUACACCAGUUAACUUACACCAGUGCUUCUCAGGUCUGGUCUGCCAAAAUUAUGAACCGUUACACCCAGGUCCUUAAUACCCAUUUUGAAUUGACAUUGCUUUCCCGUGAACAAAAGACAGGACUCACAGAAUCUUGGACAUUAGGUAAUACGUGGCAAUUAUUCUGUGUAGCUGCAAUGCAAAUAAAAGGGCCUGGAGGUUGAAACACAAGCGUGGGCUUGUAAGGUGGUCCUCGGAGGCCUGAUUUGAGAACUGCUGCUGAGAAGAGGGCUGAGCGUUGUGGACUAAUUACCAACAGGGCAUCAUUGCUGCCUGCCUGCCUGCCUGCCUGCCUGCCUGUCUGUCUGCUCAGAACUACAGAGGCUCAGCUGUGUUUGCCAGACAUGGGCUUGUAUCUUUGUGAUGUUUUCUAUUUCCUCUGCUGUUCUUCAAUCCAUAUACAGUACAUUUCAUUGUAGCAGCUUAGCUCCAUAUGUUUCAUAUCGUACUAACUUACCUACAUUCUGGAAACACUCCUGAGCACUUAUAUGAGACUUACGUCUACCCUAAACCAAAACUUCCUAAGGCUUGGACUCACAACCAAGCUCCACUCCAAAGGCACUUGUCUGAACCUUCAUUGUAGCUUUGUCCUGGAACGUACACAGCACGUGAGAACAUGUACAGCUUUACACAACGCUCAAAUAAAUGUCAACCCUGAGAAAAAAAUUACCGUAAAAGCGUAGCGCAGUGUAAUAAAGCAUAGUAAAAGUAAAUCAUACAUAAGCAUUGUCAAGCCCAGAGAGGUAUGGUAAAGCAUAUAUAAAAUACAAAUAAAAAUCUAUUAUUUUUUGUACUUGCUCUUUACAAUGUAAGUUGUUUUUUUUUUUCACUGCAAUUCAGUUGGUAAGCUUUAGUAUUGAUUUGAAGUUCGGUGUGUUUGAACAGUAUAUGAAGUUAUGUCUAUAUGUUGUUUCGAGUUUGGUUAUUCUUAAGUGACAAUGAACAAUGAAGACUUGACACUUGAAUUAAUCCCAAAUUAAAUGUCACCGGUACGUUUUUAAAGAAAAUGUGAGCACUACUCUUAAAAAAAAAAAAAAAAAAUCUAUCCACAAAGCUUUAGCUCAAGCCAAGCUAAACAGAGCACUGUUACUGUUGCUGUGCCACAGUAUAAAUGGUAACUUUACAUCACUCUACUAAAACUCUGGUUUACAGCCGUACUGAGAGAGCUGACGGCUCUUUUGAAGUGCUUUUAACUUUUAACACCAGGACUGAAACAGGAAAAUGAUACACCAAGUGAUUCUAAAAAAACAAACAAAAAAACAGAAAGCAUUGGUUAACAUAACUGUGAAAACUCAUACUCAUACCAAGAGGGUCCUUAACAGCAAUUGACAAGUUGAAUGUGUACAAAACUCUCGAGUUAAAUCUGAAUUAGACCCGGUGUUUCAAAGAGCUUCACGACGAACACAAACUUGUAAGGGAAUUUAAUCAUGUCUCCAGAGCCGUACAGGAAGUACCAAGAGACUUGCAUUCGGUUUGCUUUUUGCUGUACCAGGAGUCGGAGAAAGGGCAAACGCUACCUGGACUUUAUUACAAGUAAGACAUAGUGAAGCAUUUUAACAUUAUGUAGCUUAUUUCACUGCCUUUCACCACAGUCUUCAUUUUUCAUGAAAUUUUUAAGAAUCAUCUGUUACAUGAUACAAAUAUACAUCCCAUGACCCUGUCACUAUUACCAAUUGGUUGUAAUAAUUAAUUGUCUUUUAUUUUUAAGUUUCUGUUUGUGAAGCACAGCCUACGUAGGUCAACAAGUCUGAUACAUUACAAAACAGUGUCUGUUUCUUUAAAUGCGUUUUGAUAUGAAUUUUAAAUGAUAAUCAGAUUCUCGAUUUGGAUGCAAAACUAUUUUUUUAUGAUUUAGAGGUCUUUAAGAAAAGAAAGGUGUAUAAAUAUAGUUGUAUUUAUAAAAUAAUAAAAAAUAACCUAUAUGUAAAGAACUGGACUAUAAUGCGGUUUUAGCUUUCAGCAUGUGCUAUAGGUUAUGAGAUUGAUCCCAGCUCCAGUCUCACAACAUCACCACCUGCAUUGUUUGUAAAUACUAUAUGUAAAUUUGUAGUCUCUGUAAAUAUUAAUGCAUAUCGGCUUUUCUAUUGGGAGUGUUAAGUGUAUGUUUACUUGUAAUAAACAAUUUACCAAA